CAUUUUGUCAACCUUCAGGGGACAGGGCAGGUUAUCCAACUGCUUCAGGACCUGUACAUGUCAGAUUGGAACACGAACUUGACCAAGCCAUUGGCACUACAGGAACUCUGAAAUGUAGAAUUUCUGUAACUGAGUACCUACAUCAAACACCACGAUGAAGAAAUUCAACACACUUAUCUCUGCCAAGUUGCUUCGCGAUUUCCUGUCAGGAAACGUGAAGAAUAUCAGAGUUCUAGACUCUUCAUGGCACUUGCCAAGUUUACAAAGGGAUGCUAACAUUGAAUAUGCUGAAAAACACAUUCCAAAAGCUUCCUUUUUCGAUAUUGACGAAUGUUCCGACGAAACGUCCCAAUUCAGCCAUACACUGCCACGCCAGUCCCACUUUGAAGACUAUGUCGGUAGCUUGGGGAUCGGUAACAACACCCAUGUCAUUAUUUAUGAUAAUAGUGAAACUGGAUUCUUCUCGGCCCCACGAGCAUGGUGGACAUUCAGAGUUUUUGGACACCAGUCAAUUUCUCUUCUGAACGGAGGGUUUCCACAGUGGUGUCUGGCAGGUUAUCCAACUGCUUCAGAGAAGCCAUCUUUUACAAAACAAACCUAUUCUGCUUCUAUAAAUAAAUCAAUGUUAAAGUCAUUUGAUGAUAUUGCUAGAAACAUAGAGAACAGAGAAUUCCAGCUUGUGGAUGCAAGAGGUACUGGAAGGUUUUAUGGCACAACUGCAGAACCAAGAAAAGGAAUGCCACGGGGACAUAUUGUCGGGUCAGUUAGCAUUCCCUACAGUAGCAUUAUUGACCCAGAGACAAAACAAGUGAAGAAUCCUGCUGAUCUGAAAAGAAUGUUUACUGACGGCAAGAUUGAUUUAGAAAAACCUGUUACAGCUACAUGUGGAUCAGGAGUGACUGCCUGCUGCCUCGCCUUAGCUGGACACCUGUGUGGUAGAGACAUACCUGUGUAUGAUGGAUCUUGGUCUGAAUGGUCAGUUAGAUCAGAACCGCACCAAAGAGUGUCGCCAACGGAUGCUGAAGCUUAAUCUACGUCACACACUGAGGUGUGAUCACCAUUGUCACACCACCAGAAAUGUCACCAAAGGACGCUGAAGCUUAAUCUAUGUCACAGGCUGAGGUGUGAUCACCAUUGUCACACCACCAGACAUGUCACCAAAGGACGCUGAAGCUUAAUCUACGUCACACACUGAGGUGUGAUCACCAUUGUCCCCCCCCCAGACAAUCUACGACACACGCUGAGCUGUGAUCACCAUUGUCACACCACCAGAAAUGUCACCAAAGGACGCU